UUUUGCACCAAAAUUUCUGUUUUGUCAAAAAAUAAAAUAAAAAUCUCAUCAAAAUGAGCCAAAAUGUGCUACAAUUACCUGAGGUUGUUGCCGAAAAUACGGAAGUAAGCACCGUAAUAGAGCAAAAUGAAGAGGAAGAGGAGGAUGUAUACUUUCAAGACAUCGAAAUGCUCGCGGAACAUGGUGUUAAGAAGGAAGACAUUGAUAAAUUAAAACAACACGGAAUAAAUACCAUAAAAGGGAUGCAAAUGACUCUUAUGAAGAAAUUACUAACAAUUCCUGGGUUUAAUGAGGCGAAAAUUAAAGAAAUUAAGGGCGUCGUUUGUAAAAUUUCGGUUUCCAAUAGUUUUAUGACCGCGAAUGAAGUUUCAUUUCAAAGGAAACAAGUUUUUAAAUUGAGUACAGGGAGUAUAGCUUUUGAUAAACUGAUUGGAGGUGGUAUAGAAGCUAUGUCUAUAACAGAAGUUUUUGGUGAAUUUCGUACAGGAAAAACUCAAUUGUCUCAUACAUUAUGUGUCACAACCCAAAUGCCUGGUCCUAAUGGAUAUAUUGGUGGAAAAGUUAUUUUUAUAGACACAGAACAUACUUUUCGCCCGAAUCGAUUACGUUCAAUAGCCGAACGAUUCGAUUUGAACCAAGAAACAGUUUUAGACAAUAUUUUGUACGCACGUGCAUACAAUUCCGAGCAUCAAUCAGAGUUAUUAGAUCAAGUCAGUUUAAAAUUACACGAAGAGGCCGGUGUUUUCAAACUAUUGAUUAUCGACUCAAUUAUGGCGACUUUUCGAGUUGAUUAUAGUGGACGCGCGGAAAUUUUCGAACGGCAACACAAACUGGCCCAGAUGAUGUCGAAACUUCAAAAAAUGAGCGAAGAGUUUAAUAUUGCCGUUUUGAUUACGAAUCAAAUCAGUUCUAAUUUUUCUAAAGAUCAAUUGGCUACUACUAAGCCAACUGGAGGGAAUAUUCUUGCUCAUGCUUCCACCUCGAGAAUUUCGCUUAGCAAUGCUGAGGGAUCUGUUCGAAUUGCAAGAGUUUUUGAUAGUCCCGACAUGGAAGAAGCAGAAGUGCGAUUUCGUAUUACCUCCGGUGGGAUUGAUGACGUGGAACCUCACAAGAAAAACAUCUGAAAUAAUAUGUGUAUAUUUUUAUUUUUUUUGAUAUGCGUAGUAAGCAUCAAAUGUUUUAAAUAAUUUUUAUGGUUAAGAAGAAAUGUUUAAUUGAGAUGAAUAUAUGAUGUUGAUUGUAUUACGAGAAGUGUACGAUACUGUUAAUAUUAAGUUUGUACAAUAAAUUGUUUAUUUUUAUUUCCAUU